AUGCGAAAGGUACACACUCGACCAAACCUCCUCUUUGAAUACAUCCAGCCCAAAAAUACAGCACGUCACACGAGCAAAGCCAUUGAGUCAUCGCAUUUCAGGCAUCCGCCUACCAAAACACCGGUACACUUCCACCACCAUGGCCACCUCCUCUACCAUCUCAACAACCCCAAACAUCCAUCCUCCAUGGCCCUCAAAACCCACACCGUCCCCUCCCCAUCUUUCGUCGAGUCCUGCGGCGCCAUCCUCUUCUCCCCGACCUACACGCACAUCAGCCUCCUCAAGCUCCUCCCCACAAACACCUACACCCUACCAAAGGGCCGGCGCAACAUGCACGAAUCCCGCUCCGCCUGCGCGCUGCGCGAAGUCCGCGAAGAAACCGGCUGUCGCUGCACACUCGUGCCCAUACGCAUGGCCACGCGCCAAACGGCUGCUGACGAUCCUGUGGAUGUGCCUGAUGUGCCGCGCGUGUGGGAUGCGCUGCGGGAGCCGUUCAUGUGGCAGGUGAGGGAGUUGGGGGAGGGGAAGGGGGUGAAGAUUCUUUGGUGGUUUGUUGCGGUGGUGGAUGGGGAUGGGGAUGGGGAGGGGGGAGGAGGGGAGGAAGGGGUGGAGUCAGAGUGGGUAGAGGUGGGAGAGGCGUGUGGGAUGUUGGGGUUUGAGAGUGAUAGGGAGGUUGUUCGGGGGGCGGUGCGGGUUUUGGCGGAUACGCUUGGGUGUGGGGUGGGUGUUUGA